CACCAUUGUUUUGAGUGUUUUCUGGAUUUCUUGCGUAAAAAACACAAUUUAAUCAUUGUUUUUGCAUAAUAUAACAUUAACCAAACCUAAAAAAUGGAGGAAAAGGAGAAACAACGAGGAAAACAUUUUUGUUGUCUCGGUUGUUUGGGUCGAUCAGAUGAAUUUGUGAUUCAGACUUUUAAAGUACAAAACGAAGCUUUAAAAUCUGUUUUUCAGGAUGAUAGUAUCAGUUUAUGCAGUAUAUGCCUACGGGUUGCCCAACGUGCUGAGUUGUUUAUCCAAAAUGUCCAAAACCACCAAAUCCUACUGGAAACUUUUCAUAAUAAUAUAAUAGACGCAUCAUUCCAAAAAGCCUGUAACCAAACACAGCCUCUCGUAAGCUUGACAUACUGCACACUGGAUGAUAUUGAGGUAGAUGGGACGGACUCGGACGUCAACGAAGUGUAUUCUGUGUUCUGCAGUAGAAGCCACAAGGUCAAAGUUAAGACGGAGAUGAAAGAAGAAGGGAAUGAGCUGUUGGAUCACCUUGAGGGGGAAUUUGUUGAUGACGAUGAAUUCCAAGCACCACUCCAAGAUGUAAAGGAAGAAGAUGAGUUUCCGCUAAAUACUUUGUUGAAGCUGAAAAUGGAACCUGACAGCGAAGAUUCAAACUUCACUAGUAGAAGAACCAAGAAGAAAGCCAAGACGAAACCUGCCAAAGCUAAUAUUCGAAUUAAAAAAACCAUAUCUAAUUCUAUACCAAAAUUAGGGAAGAAAAAACGCAACAAACUAUUAAAGUUCCAGGUAAGUUGCCAACAGAAACAAUAUACAUGUCCAAGAAAGAGUGUAUGGAGGAAAGAAAGAAAAUGUUGCAGAAUCACAAAUACCUUAACUGCGUGUAUAAGUGCGAGGAUUGUAUCAAAGGAUUCACGUAUAAGGCCAGCUAUGAGAAGCACAUGGAAAAACACAGCGAGCGGUGAAUACAUCUGUAAUAUUUGCAAACAAAGAAUGCCCACAGAAGACAAGUUGCACAGUCACCAAAGAUAUCAUCAGGUUAGGUACAAAUGCCCGGACUGCGAGCUAGUCCGCAUGUGCCCGGGGACGAUACGGGAGCAUUAUUUCGCGACGCACGCGCAGGGCUACACCCAGUCCAAGUGUCCCCACUGUCCUAAGAUGUUCAAACGGCCGCGCGCGCUCCGCAAGCACGUGUGCCAAGUGCACAGCACGCGGCCGCGCGUCACGUGCGCGCACUGCGCCAAGAGCUACGCCAACAAGGCCGUGCUCAAGACGCACAUGAUGCUGUUGCACCCCAAGGAAGUAUCAGCGGUGGAAGCUAGCAAGCGCUGCGUUUGUCGAGAGUGUGGCAAAGGCUUCCACUCGCCGUCCCAUCUGAAGAAGCACAGCUUGACGCACUCCAUCAGAAAGGACUUCUACUGCGUUGAGUGUGACAAGAGUUUCAAAUCGGAUGAGACACUGAAGCACCAUUUAAAAACUGCGUUGCCGCAUGUCAACUAUUCUGAGUUACCAUUGCCAUGCCAGCACUGUGACAAACGGUUUGCCAUAAGGAGGGAUUUGGACAGGCACGUGAAUAGGGUACAUCUAAACAUCAAGCCAUUUCAAUGUGACAGUUGUGAUAAGGCGUACGUGAACGGCUGGUCACUCACAGAACACAAGCGACUCAUCCACGAGGGCUAUAAGCGACCCUUGAAGUAUCCCUGUAAGCUGUGCGACAAGAUAUUUGACCGCAACUCGAUCCUCAAGAGCCAUAUCCGAACGCACACGGGCGAGCGGCCGUACCAGUGCGAAUUGUGCUCGGCGGCCUUCAGCCAGCGCGGCGUGCUCGCGACACACACGCGCCUAGUACAUCUGCGUUUGACGCGCGACGGCCGUCCCAAGCCUUCGCUCAAGUAGCACGAUCGUGGCAUUUAGGUUUUAGCCACUUUACGCCAACUGUGAGCAGCUGAGAGCAAUCCUUUGGACAAGCUUGCCCUAAGCGCCACGGCCGCCCCAAGCCUUCGCUCAAGUAGCACGAUCGUGGCAUUCAGGUGAUAGCUACUUUACGCCAACUGUGAGCAGCUGAGAGCAUUCCCUCGUACACUUGCGCAUUAAGCGUGACGGACGCCCCAAGCCUUCGCUCAAGUAGCACGAUCGUGGCAUUUAGGUUGUAACUUCGUUACAUUAAUUGUGAGCGACUAAGAGAGAGCAUCUCCAAAAUAAAUUAUUUGAUUUGAAUAAAAGUUUCCUCGUGCAUCUGUGCCUCACGAUGCUCACGCGCGAUAGACGCAACAAGCGUUCGCUCAAGUAGCACGAUCGUGGCAUUCAGGUGUUAGCUACUUUACGCCAACUGUGAGCAGCUGAGAGCAUUCCCUCGUACAUCUGCGUCUGACGCGUGACGGACGCCCUAAACCUUCGCUCAAGUAGCACGAUCGUGGCAUUUAGGUUGUAGCUUCGUUACAUUAACUGUGAGCGACUAAGAGAGAACAUCUCCAAAAUAACUUAUUUGAUUUGAAUAAAAGUUUCCUCGUGUAUCUGUGCCUCACGAUGCUCACGCACGAUGGACGCCCUAAGCUUUCGCUCAAGUAGCACGAUCGUGGCAUUCAGGUGAUAGCUACUUUACGCCAACUGUGAGCAGCUGAAAGCAUUCCCUCGUACACUUGCGCCUUAAGCGCGACGGCCGCCCCAAGCCCAUAAUAUGAUGUUGUCCCAAAGUGGUGGUAGGGCAAGCUAUAUUUGGGACGUGUAUAAGUGCCCUACAAAGGGCCUAUGUACUGAAUGUACUGUACUAUACUGAGUACCAAGCCUUCGCUUAAGUAGCACGAUCAUGGCAUUUAGGUUUUAGCUAUAUAACGCUAACUUU